AAAUACUGAAUAAGUCACUUUUACUUAAUUUUGUCUAGUCACUCGGUAACCUCUCUUUCUUGUUCUCUCACUUGCACGCACAUACAUACAGACUCUCUUUCUCCAUUGCUUUGACUCUUGUGGUCAGUGAGCAAAAUCAUAAAUAAAAAAAACGCCGGAGAAAAUGGGAAGAGCGCCGUGUUGCGAGAAGGUAGGGAUAAAGAGAGGGCGGUGGACCGCUGAGGAAGACCAGAUUCUCUCAAGCUACAUUCAAUCCAACGGUGAAGGCUCUUGGAGAUCUCUCCCCAAAAAUGCGGGACUAAAAAGGUGUGGAAAGAGCUGCAGAUUGAGAUGGAUAAAUUAUCUUAGAUCAGAUCUCAAGCGUGGAAACAUAACUCCAGAAGAAGAACAACUCGUUGUUAAACUGCAUUCCACUUUGGGAAACAGGUGGUCACUAAUUGCGAGUCAGCUACCAGGAAGAACAGACAACGAAAUAAAAAAUUAUUGGAACUCUCAUCUCCGCCGUAAACUCCACAACUUCAUCAUCAGAAAGCCAUCCAUCUCUCACGACGUCCCCGCCGUAAUCAUUAAAGCUCCUCCUACAAAACGCAGACCAGGGAGAACCAGCAGGUCCGCCAUGAAACCUAAAACGCACAACCCAAAAAAUCUAAAGAUGAAGAAAACGCCUGAAUCGCCGGAGCCAGAAGCCAACGUAGCGGUUACAGUGGUGGCGCAAGAAGCAUUAAUGAUAGAGUUAAAUGGAGCCGAGGCUGAGCUAGGACCAUGCAACUACUAUGGAACCUGUCAUGAAGGAGGAGCUUGUGGCAAUAAUAAUAAUAAUAGCACUGAUGGCGAUAAAGGAGUUUCAUCCUUUGAUGAAAACAUCAUCGAUCUUUUGUUGGACGAAUCAGAACCAAGCCACGUAUUCACAUCGUGUGGUGGUAAUGCAGAGUUGAAUAAUCUAGGAGACUAUGAACAAGCCAAAGGGUCUUCGGAGAUUUUGAACCAAGAGAAUCUCGAUUGUCUUCAGUCUUGUCUGUCGAUGGAGUCAUUUCUCAACUAUGAGCAUCAAGUCAAUAAUGCGUUCACGGAUGAGUUUAUUGAUUGGGACUGUGUUUGGCAACAAGGGUAUGACAAUAACAUCUGCGAUGAGAAAGAGGGUUCUGAUUCAAUGGUGUCCUGGCUUUUGGACGGUGAUGAUGAGGCCACGAUCGGGAAAAGUAAUUGCGAGAACUUUGGAGAACCAUUGGAUCAUGACGAGGAAAAUGCGUUGUUCGCCUGGCUUCUCUCUUGAAUGUAUUUAUUAAUCUGCUAAGUUUGUAAUAGUCUUUUUAUUUUUUAUCUGCAAUAGCAGUUUUGUGAUGUCUUAUCAUCGACUUA